AUGAAUCUUUUACCCUUGGAUUGCAAUGCGGAAAUAUUGGAUUAUCUACGAGAUGAUGAAAAAUCGCUUUAUUCAAUCAUUCGCGUAAAUCGAGCAUGGUGUCAACUUGCCGUUCCAUUAUUAUGGAAUCGACCUUUUAAAGUGAGAAGAAAAGCAUCGAUAAUUAAAACCUUAAUUUCAUGCCUUUCAGAAGAAGAUAGGGUAUCAAUCCUAGGAGAAGGGAUUGAUAAUUGUUUUGAAUUAAAAAGAGCCUCCCCAUUAUUUGAUUAUCCCUAUUAUAUACGAGCUUUAGAUUAUAGAAAUCUUGAAAGUUCAAUUGAGAAUUGGAUUUCACAUAAAAGUUCACCCCCUAACGAUAUCGGAUUAUCGAUGUUUAAUCUACUUGGAAAUUUAAUAUUCUCACGUUCGCGAGGAUUACUUAAUUUAAAUAUACGUCAUUAUGAUUAUUAUUAUUGUAAAUUCGGGGAGCAUUACACUAGUGUUAAAGACAUCUUAACGUUUAAUCAUCUCGAACGUUCUUUAGAACAACUAGAAAAUCUUGAGAUUGGUUUUUAUUCCGAACCUCGUGAGAAUUGUGAUGUCGUCUGCGAAUCGAUGUCAGGUUUCUUUUCUGCCUUAUCAAAGUAUUCAAAGUGUAUUCAAAAGGUUACCAUCGAAAUCUUAUUAGAUUCAACGGAAAUAGAUAAAGUGAACAAGGUUGCGAAUUCAUUUUCUGAUUUCAUUAGAUCUCAAACAAAGCUCAGUACUUUGGAAGUUAAUCAAUCCUUGGGUGGUACCUUUACAAAUUCAUUAUCCGAAUCCUUGAAUUUUCUUAAAUUCAAUGAUUUAAAGAAUGUUCAUAGUUUACUCCCUGCGCUUAGCGCUUGCGAAAGAUUGGAAACUUUGGAAAUCUCGGGAUAUUUUGCGGUUGAAAUGAUUGAGGAUUUACACGGAUCUGUUAACGAUUUACCGCCGAUCCACAUAACGAAUUUGCAUGUUUAUCAACUGGAGGAGUAUGAAUUUGAGAAACACUUGGAGAUGUUCAUAAUAAUUUUACUUAAUUUAUCAAAAAAUUCGUUAAGGUCUUUAACAUUAGAUUACGUGAAUGUACCAGUUAUUGAAGCCAUAACUGGGGCUUGUUCUACCCUUAAACACAUUGCCUUAAAUAUGAUCCUUAUGGAUGCAUCAGUCUUCAUUUCAUAUCUAUCAAAUUUUACCUGUUUAGAAUCUUUGAUUUUUAUACAAGAUUUAGAUGAAGAGCAGGAAGAUGAUUCCAUGUUUAGUAUUUUACCCGACCUUGCAAGUCGUUUACCUUCGACAUUAAAAUAUUUGGGUUUAUGGGCCAUAAUGGAUACUGAAACUUUAAAUAAAACAUUACGCAAACUUAAGGUUCCCAUAGAAGAAUUGGACGUUUUUAAAAGAUUCGAUGAUUCUGACAUGGAAGUCGUAAUUAAAUACGCUGAAAAAAAUCCAAAGUUGAGAAGGCUCGGUUAUAAAAAGGUUUCACCCACCGAAUCUAAGCUAUCAAAGGAUUUAUUAGAUCGAGCUAGUUCUAUCAUUAAGAGCAUUGGUGACACGAGACCCAUCAAAAAUGCUGUAUGUUUGUAA